UGAAUAAAAAAAGUCAUCAGAAGUUAUGGCUAGCUGUUGCAUCGCCCUCCAUUAGAAAGGUUGUCGUUGUACCUAUUAAACAACAGAACAAUAUGUAUAGCCUACUCUUGUAUAUAAAGAAAACACCUAUAUAGUUGAAUUGGUUUACAUGCCAUUUCCCCAGCAGUAAUCAUGCAGAAUGCGACGAAGCUGAAGUUAUUGACAGGGGUUACAUCAAUCUAACAGUGUCUAAGCACUAGACACGAGGCCAAACAAUCCACACAGCUCAAAACUACCCAGAAGACGUGAGAGAGCGUAUUACAAGGCUGGUUAUAACAGAAGGUCCUUAAAUGAAAUAGACAUAUUGUAAAAGGAAAACAGAGGCCCUCAUCGAAACAUGUUGCUGGUGUUGCUGUGCUGGUUUGUCGGGGUCACAGUGCUUUUAUACGUCUUGUACUCCUGGCUCAUCCCUGCUGUUGUGCAGUUCAACGGCAGUCUCGCGUUACUCUGGCACGAUGUCAUCGUUGAGCGUGCUCUUGAUACUCUGACCAGAUCUACUCGACCACAGCGUCUGCUGAAAGCAGUACAGAAGAAUGCAACCCGAGGUGACCCUCAGAGUGUGAUCUCGGCCAUUGAUCAUUUCUGCCGACACAGUGAAUGGGCUAUGAACAUUGGAGACGAGAAAGGUACUAUCUUGGACUCAGUGGUGAAUGAAUUGAACCCAGAGAAGGUCCUAGAGUUGGGCACAUACUGUGGAUACUCUACAGUGCGCAUCGCUCGUCUGCUUCCUCCUGGAGCUCGUCUGAUAACACUGGAGUUCAAUGGUGAUUAUGCUGCAAUUGCUCGACAAGUAAUCGCCUGGGCAGGUCUUGAAGACAAAGUCCAGCUUGUAGAAGGUGCGUCUGAAGAUUGGAUCCCACGCAUGAAGGAGCACUUUGGAAUUGAAACAGUUGAUUUAGUUUUUCUGGACCACUGGAAGGACCGUUACCUCCCUGACACAAAAUUAAUGGAGGAUUGUGGUCUACUAAGGAAAGGCACCGUUCUGCUUGCUGAUAAUGUGAUCUGUCCGGGAGUCCCAGACUAUCUUCAAUAUGUGCGCAAUAGCCUUUCCUAUAAAAGCUGCUAUUUUAAAUCCCAUUUAGAGUACACCAAGGCAGAGGACGGCUUGGAGAAGUCCAUGUUUUUGGGCUAGAGAUAUACAGAGAUGGUUCAUAUGCUUAAAAAGAGGACCUUUUAGGCUAAGAGCUUCUCAGACCUAUCGUGAGGUGUAUUUUGAUUGAUUUAUUCUCUUAUUAUUAAGUCUCUAAGACUUAUUGUACUUAAAGGGAUAGUUCACCCAAAAAUGAAAAUUUGAUGUUUAUCUGCUUACCACA